AUGAAAUUGUUAAGUGAGAGACACAUCACUACUGACAACACAUUAGAGACCAAUGAGUGCUCCAAAGCCCGAAAGCGGGUGUCAGUGUUGGGCGCCGGGGCCUGGGGUACAGCCAUCGCCAAUCUCAUCGGCCAUAAUGUGGUCCGCAAUAAACACCUGUUUCACGAAGAAGUGGUGUUUUAUGUGAGAGACGAGAGCUUACGACUGAUCAUUGAGAAGACGCGACAAAACAUCCGUUAUUUGAGUGCAAUAAAACUGCCCCUAAAUGUGAGACCUGUCGCCGCCCUCAGCGAAGCCGUCUCCGAAUCAGAUGUCUUGAUAUUUGUGAUUCCGCACCAAUACAUACAGGAGCUCUGCCUCGCAAUCAACGAUUGUAUCUCAUCUCGAAAUCCAAUCGGCAUUUCCCUCAGCAAAGGGCUUCAUAUCGAUAGCGCCGGGGGUUUGGAAUUGAACUCGCAAAUAAUAAACCGAAUGCUGGGAAUCCAAGUGGGAGUGUUAUCAGGGGCAAAUAUCGCCAUAGAGGUCGGAUUGAAUCAGUACAGCGAAGCCACUCUCGUGAACCCAUUGCCUGACGACACGCAUUGCCAGCAAUUACUGCGGUCUCUGUUUGAGAGCAAACACUUCAAAGUGUCGUUUUGUAGGGACGGACCCACUGUCGAGAUGUGCGGCGCUCUCAAGAAUGUUGUGGCCAUUGGUUGCGGUCUUAUCGACGGAUUAGGUUACGGGAUGAACACGAAAGCGGCGGCCCUUUCGUGCGGAGUGCGAGAAAUGAUUCGCUUUGUGGAAGUGUUUCAUCCGAAGUACGAGUUGAAGACAUUCUUCGAGAACUGCGGAAUCGGAGACAUCAUUGCCAGCAGUUUCGGCGGAAGGAAUCGCAAAGUGAGCGAAGCGUUGAUUAAAUCCAAUAAAACGAUUGAAAUGCUUGAGAAGCAACUUCUGAAGGGCCAGAAACUACAGGGCCCGCAGACGGCACAUGUAGUCUAUGAGCUCUUGAAACACAAACAACUAUUAAAUAAAUUUCCAUUCUUUGCGGCCAUUCAUGAGAUCUGCAUCAGAACACUGGACCCCAAAGAUCUGAUCCAAGCCAUCAAAUCUAGUCAAUAA